AUGGCCCGCCUCUUCAGCCCCCGGCCGCCCCCCAGCGAAGACCUCUUCUACGAAACCUACUACAGCCUGAGCCAGCAGUACCCGCUGCUGCUACUGCUGCUGGUGAUCGUGCUCUGCGCGCUCCUGGCGCUGCUGGCUGUCGCCUCCGCCAGCGGCCGGGAGCUAGCUUCAGACCCAGGCUUCCUGACCACUGUGCUGUGCGCGCUGGGUGGCUUCUCGCUGCUCCUGGGCCUGGCGUCCCGGGAGCAACGGCUGCAGCGCUGGACACGUCCCCUGUCGGGCCUCGUAUGGGCAGCGCUACUCGGGCUAGGCCACGGCUUCCUGUUCACUGGGGGCCUGGUGAGCGCCUGGGACCAGGUGUCCUUUUUCCUCUUUGUCAUCUUCACCGUGUACGCCAUGUUGCCCUUGGGCAUGCGGGAUGCCGCUGCUGCGGGCCUUGCCUCAUCGCUCUCCCACUUGCUGGUCCUUGGGCUGUACCUUGGGCCUCAGCCUGACUCAAAGCCGGCGCUGCUGCCACAGCUGGCAGCGAACGCGGUGUUGUUCCUGUGCGGGAACGUGGCGGGAGCGUAUCACAAGACGCUGAUGGAGCGCGCGCUGCGCGCCACGUUCCGCGAGGCACUUAGCUCCCUGCACUCGCGCCGGCGGCUGGACACCGAGAAGAAGCACCAGGAACACCUUCUCUUGUCCAUCCUUCCUGCCUACUUGGCCCGAGAGAUGAAGGCAGAGAUCAUGGCACGACUGCAGGCUGGACAGGGGUCACGGCCAGAAAGCACCAACAACUUCCACAGCCUCUAUGUCAAGAGGCACCAGGGAGUCAGUGUGCUGUAUGCUGACAUCGUGGGCUUCACCCGGCUGGCCAGUGAGUGCUCUCCUAAGGAGUUGGUGCUCAUGCUCAACGAGCUCUUUGGCAAGUUCGACCAGAUCGCCAAGGAGCAUGAAUGCAUGCGGAUCAAGAUCCUGGGAGACUGUUACUACUGUGUCUCUGGGCUACCGCUCUCCCUGCCAGACCACGCCAUCAACUGCGUGCGCAUGGGGCUGGACAUGUGCCGGGCCAUCAGGAAGCUCCGGGCAGCCACUGGCGUGGACAUCAACAUGCGUGUGGGCGUGCAUUCGGGCAGUGUGCUCUGCGGAGUCAUUGGGCUGCAGAAGUGGCAGUAUGAUGUCUGGUCCCAUGAUGUCACACUGGCCAACCACAUGGAGGCGGGUGGCGUGCCAGGACGAGUGCAUAUUACAGGGGCUACCCUGGCCCUGCUGGCAGGGGCUUAUGCUGUGGAGGAUGCAGCCAUGGAACACCGGGACCCAUACCUUCGGGAGCUAGGGGAGCCUACCUACCUAGUCAUCGAUCCCCGGGCUGAGGAGGAGGAUGAGAAGGGCACUGCAGGAGGGUUGCUCUCCUCUCUCGAGGGCCCCAAGAUGCGUCCGUCGCUGCUGAUGACCCGCUACCUGGAGUCCUGGGGCGCCGCCAAGCCUUUUGCCCAUCUGAGCCACCUAGAGAGCCCUGUGUCCACCUCUACCCCUCUCCCGGAGAAGGCCCUGGCUUCCUUCAGCCCCCAGUGGAGCCUGGACCGGAGCCGUACCCCCCGGGGGCUAGAUGAUGACCUGGACACUGGGGAUGCCAAGUUCUUCCAGGUCAUCGAACAGCUCAACUCUCAGAAACAGUGGAGGCAGUCAAAGGACUUCAACCCACUGACACUGUACUUCAGAAAGAAGGAACUGGAGAAAGAGUACCGACUCUCUGCCCUCCCCGCCUUCAAAUACUAUGCAGCCUGCACCUUCCUGGUUUUCCUUUCCAAUUUCAUCAUCCAGAUGCUGGUGACAAACAGGCCCCCAGCUCUGGCCAUCACCUAUAGCAUCACCUUCCUCCUCUUCCUCCUCCUCCUCUUCGUCUGCUUCUCAGAGCACCUGACGAGGUGUGUCUUGAAAGGCCCCAAGAUGCUGCACUGGCUGCCGGCACUGUCUGGCUUGGUGGCCACACGGCCCGGACUGCGAGUUGCCCUGGGCACAGCUACCAUCCUCCUGGUUUUUGUGAUGGCCAUUCCCAGCCUGUUCUUCUUACCGGCAGCAUCAAACUGCCCUUUUGGGGCUCUCAAUGUGUCCUCCAUGGCUUUCAACAUCUCUUGGGAGCUCCCUGGGUCCCUGCCUCUCAUCAGCGUCCCCUACUCUAUGCACUGCUGCGUGCUGGGGUUCCUGUCCUGCUCCCUCUUUUUGCACAUGAGCUUCGAGCUGAAGUUGCUGCUGCUCCUGCUAUGGCUGGGGGCCUCCUGCUCCCUCUUCCUGCACUCCCACGCCUGGCUGUCCGACUGCCUCAUCGCCCGCCUCUAUCCGGAUCCCUCGGACUCCAGGCCAGGGGUGCUGAAGGAGCCCAAACUGAUGGGAGCUAUCUCCUUCUUCAUCUUCUUCUUCACCCUCCUGGUCCUGGCUCGGCAGAAUGAGUAUUACUGCCGGCUGGACUUCCUGUGGAAGAAGAAGCUGCGGCAGGAGCAGGAGGAGACAGAGACCAUGGAGAACCUGACUCGGCUGCUGUUGGAGAAUGUGCUCCCUGCACAUGUGGCCCCCCAGUUCAUUGGCCAGAACCGGCGCAACGAGGACCUCUACCACCAGUCCUAUGAGUGUGUCUGUGUCCUGUUCGCCUCAGUUCCAGACUUCAAGGAGUUUUACUCUGAGUCCAACAUAAACCACGAGGGUCUAGAGUGUCUGCGGCUGCUCAAUGAGAUAAUUGCUGAUUUUGAUGAGCUGCUCUCAAAGCCCAAGUUUAGCGGGGUGGAGAAGAUCAAAACCAUCGGUAGCACCUACAUGGCAGCUACAGGCUUAAAUGCCACCUCCGGACAGGACGCACAGCAGGACGCUGAGCGCAGCUGCAGCCACCUUGGCACCAUGGUGGAGUUUGCGGUGGCUCUUGGAUCAAAGCUGGACGUCAUCAAUAAACACUCUUUCAACAACUUCCGCUUGCGUGUGGGGUUGAACCACGGACCUGUAGUGGCUGGAGUGAUCGGGGCCCAGAAGCCGCAGUAUGACAUCUGGGGCAACACAGUGAACGUGGCCAGCCGCAUGGAGAGUACAGGAGUCCUGGGCAAGAUCCAGGUGACUGAAGAGACGGCCCGGGUGCUGCAGUCCUUAGGCUACACCUGCUACAGCCGGGGUAUCAUCAAGGUCAAAGGCAAAGGGCAGCUCUGCACCUACUUUCUGAACACAGAUUUGGCACGAACUGGACCUCCCUCGGCCACCCUAGGCUGA